UGGGUGAUCAAGUUGAUAACGUAUAUGAACUACCAAUGGAAGACCUGAAUGCAUCAAACCACGAAUAUAGUAUCCCAAUUAAUGUGUGGAAUGAUAAACUUACUGACCUAUAUAAAGCAAGUAGGACAAGAGAUAAAUUAUUUGUGGUAAUGACAGUAAUGCAGUUGAUUUGUUUAUCAGUUGCAGUUGCAUUCAUUGUCAUGCAUUUCAAUGGAGACAAUGGACAAAAGGGAGAACAAGGAAGACCAGGAGAAUCAGGAAAAAAAUGGACUUGUUUGGAUGGACGGGAACAGUAUAUGGGCAGUUGCUAUUACUUUCAUUUCAGAUCAAGAAAGACAUGGAGUGCGGCAAACGAUGACUGUCAUAGAAAAGGAGGAUUUCUUCUAAAAAUAGACAAUGCCGUUGAAAAUUGGUUCUUAAAAACAUAUAUCAAAUACCACAAUCCAAAUUCUGUUUGGAUUGGAGCACACGAUUCUGAGCAAGAAUCAAAUUUCAUAUGGGAAUCCGACAAUACAAAUCUUACCUUCACGGACUGGUUUCCUGGUGAACCUAACGAUGACAACAAUGAGGAUUGUGUACACAUGCGUAAAUCGGUUAACUACAGAUGGAAUGAUUAUCAAUGUUCAGAAAGAACAUCAUAUAUUUGUGAGAAAAAAUGAAACUCAUUAUGCUUCACUCACCUUUGCAUUUAAAUAAUAUCAUAAUAAUACCUUAUAUAUCA